UUCCCCUGGCCUGGCAGCCUGGGAGGGACGGCGGGCAGGCGGGACGAGAGGGGCAGCCCCCGGCCAGCAGCUCCAGUCGGUUGGAGAGAGCACAAGGUGGGUAGCCUGUAGCCUGGGAGACCCUGAGGUGACAUGACAGUGCCUGUGCCCCCUGACUGAGAGCAGCAGCUGUUUCCUGGAUUCCUGGACCAAAUCCCAGAAGCAGCUGGGGAAACUCCAGGCUACCUCCAUAUCCUGUCCCAGGCUGGGCACGGUGUCCCUCCUCCCUGCUCUGUGUCCCCUCCUCCCAGAAAUCCGCCAUGGAGAGUAAGGAUGAGGUCAGCGACACUGACAGUGGCGUCAUCCUGCAGUCUGGAGCUGACUCACGCAGUUCGGAAGCAGCAGAGGGCCCUGGAGGCGCGGCUGGAGGCCUGCCUGGAGGAGCUGAGGAGACUCUGCCUGAGGGAGGCGGUGAGAGCCCUGGCCAGCCCCCACCCUGCACACCCAAGGAGCUGACGGGCACCUUGCCAACAGAAUAUCCUCUCAAGCCGGGGGAAAAGGCCCCCAAGGUCCGCCGCAGGAUUGGAGCAGCUUACAAACUGGAAGAGUGGGCCUUGCACAGAGAGGACCCCCUGAGCAGCUUGGAGCGCCAGCUGGCUCUGCAGCUGCAGAUCACCGAGGCCGCCCGGCGGCUGUGCCUGGAAGACAACCUGGGCCGGCAGGCGCGGAGGCAGCGGAAGCACGCAGUGCUGCAGGAAGAGAAGAAGCUGCGUGAGCUCCAGCGCUGCCUGGGUGAGCGGCGGCGCAGCAGCGAGCCCUCUCCUGCCACGGGGCUCCCCUUGGGCCGAGAGCUCAGUGCCUCUGAUGACAGCUCCCUGUCAGAUGGGCUACUCCUGGAGGAAGAGGAAUCCCAAGUGCCAAAACCUCCCCCAGAGUCCCCGGCCCCACCUUCCCGGCCUCUCCCACCCCAAAGCCUAGAGGGGCUGCAGCCAGCAGGACCUGAGACUGAGGGCCUAGAGCGGGCCCCGAUCCAGAACAGCCCCUGGAAGGAGACCAGCCUGGACCACCCCUACGAGAAGCCCAGGAAAUCUUCUGAGCCUUGUAGCGAGUCCAGCAGUCCUGCAACCACACCACAAGAUGGGCCGAGUACCUCCAACCUGUGGCUGCUAGAGCCUGCCUCCUACCACAUGGUUCCCAUCCGUGGUGUUCCCGGACAGCGGCAGGGCCGAACCAGUGCCCCAGCCACCCCUGAGAUGCAGGGGAGGAGGGGCCAGUCACAGUCUCUGAGGGUGGAGUCCUUCCGGGCGGGGCCGGAGGGCAGAGGUCGCAGCGCCUUUCCCCGCCGCCGCCCCACUCACUACACGGUGACGGUACCGGACUCCUGCUUCCCGGCGACCAAGCACCCGCUGCCGCCCGCUGCCUGCCACUCCUGCUCAGAAGACAGCGGUUCUGACGUCUCCAGCAUCUCCCACCCCACCUCUCCAGGCAGCAGCAGCCCUGACAUCUCCUUCCUUCGGCCUCUGUCCCCACCAGAGCCCCCUCGCUACCGUGGGGCGUGGGGCCUGGCCAGCAGCAGAGAGCUGGCCGUGCACUACCCCAAGCUGCUGCUGCCCCCUGGCUAUUUCCCGGCAGGGCGGUAUGUGAUGAUGGCCGAGAGCCACCUGUCGCCGGCCGAGUGGGAGCUGUGCCGCUCCGCCCUGGGUCCCGCCUACGUGGAGGAGGGCGCCCCCCUGCGCUACCAGCGCCUGGUGCCCUCGCACAGCCGCGUUGUGCGGACGCCCUCGCUGAAGGACAGCCCCGCCGGCCGGGCGCUCAGCAAGGCGGCGGUCUCUGAGGAGCUCAAGUGGUGGCAUGAGCGGGCUCGCCUCCGCAGCACCCGCCCCCACUCGCUGGACCGCCAAGGGGCUUUCCGGGUCCGAAGCCUGCCUCCUGGCAGAGAGAGCUACGGCAGAGCUCUGGGGCCCCGAGCACAGGUACCCACAGUGUGUGUGCUCCGGAGAUCACCUGAGGGGGCCCCUGUGCAAGUUUUUGUACCUGAGAAUGGAGAGAUCAUCAGCCAGGUGUAACCCAGGCCAGGUGUAACUGUGCUCCAAAUGCUUCAGCCCCUCCCCUGGAAAAGACUUUCACAGUGGGGCUGGGCUGAGACCACCCACCCACCCACCCCCACCACCCCUGAGUGCCUUGUUCAGCUCCCCCACCCCCAUCGCAGGUCGAUGACCUGGAGCUGAAACUUUUUUUAACACAAGUUUUUUCAGAAGCCCCGACUUGAGGAUUUAUAUUUGUCAUUUGUCCUUAAGAUCCCUGUAAUAUGAUUAUGUGUUGUCUCCCAGAGUAUGGCCUACUGGACUACAGGCCUUAUCCGUCUGACUGACAGUUUGUCUCCUUAUGGGAGACAUGGCAGGGGAUGCUCAAAGCAGAGAGGGUCACUUUGAGGACUCUUCAAAUGCUGUGCUCUGGUUCUGAGAACUUCCCUGGAGAAUCGCCCCUGGCACUCUAGUCCCAUUAUUGCUGGAGGCUGGAUAUGGCACACACUUGUGCACACCACUGUCCUCCCUUUCCUGGGUCUCUGGGUAAUCCAGCCUGGGCUGGGGGAGAAUCUCCUUUCCCCUUUAUAAUGUGCUCUGUGACGCACGCACCAAGUGGUAGGAUAAAGGUCAGUACAUCCUCAUGGCGUAUUGUCUUCCUGGACCCUGCUGGUUUCCUGACCCCAUCAGUCUCCUUUAGGUAUCUAGCCAUUAUACCCUCCCUAUGAGGGAGGUUUGUAAGUUCCCAAACCUCUGAGCCUUGAGUUGGAGGCUUCACCAGAUUGUAGCAUGGGGGAUUGGCAGGGUGGGGUCUGGCUGGCCUGCGUUGGUUAGUGGAGAGCAGCUCACCCCUGACAGCUACCAUUGGGCAGUUCAGGGGCUUGUAGUCUCUCCACUAACAUCUUUUCAUCAUGGCCCUGAAAACCAAUACCUUAAAAGUAUUUAGAAAGGCACCACUUUCAUGGCAUUUCCUGGGUGUAGGGGAGGAGAUAGAGGUCACCGUUCCGUUUCCCCUCAAAACUAUGCUUCUGUUCAGAGAAAGUCCUUAUUUACAGAAUCAUGGGCAUGUUCACUUCUGAGCCCUGAAGAGAUGCUGAAUUUUCUUCGAGGGCCUUAAUUGUCUCAGAUGCUGGAACUGGGGCAGGGCUGGAGGCUACCUAUACUAAGACCACUCGAUAGUCCCUGGGUUCUCAUCCUAGAGCCUCCUUGCUUCCAGGUCAGACACCCAGGUAGGGGUCCUGCUUCAGUGAGAAAGCAACUGAGUUGAGGAGGGCUGGGGAGAGCUGGGUUCUGACUUUGCCUGAGCAGAACUCUCUCCAAGUUCCCUGAACCGGAACAGAGACUGAAUACAGCAGAAGACUUCAAGAACUUUGAUGCCUGACCCAAAGGAGGCACAAUUCUCCCUAUUGGAAAGAAAAAUUUUGUGACUGGUUGUACAAGGGUACCGAGGGAAGAGCUAAGAUUGCCCAUCAGAGGAUCUGGGGAAGGAGAGGGGAGCUAAGGUGAUGUGCCUGGUAUUUCCUAUGCUGUGUUCUUACCACAUCCUGAGGCAGCCACCACCUUUUGGGCUCUGUCCCCCAUUGUAUUUGAAUGUCCUACUUUGGAUGCUCUUCUCUGGUGGUCUCCAAGCCCCUUCCCGCAAUGUACAGCUGUCCAUUCUCCCACCCUCCUGUGUCCUCCUUGCAGCCUAGAACUUCUUGGGCUAAGCCAGGAGAUGUCUGAGCACCGGCCCCCUCCCCCACACCUGAGUGUCCUGUGUAUUAACUUAUUGGUCCUAUAUAACACCCAAUGCAGUUACAAAGUGUCUGUGUCCUUGGCUGCUGGGCUGGAACUGUAUGGGUAUUAAGGCAAAACACUUCAAUAAAGUCUGUUCUCUGUGAUGGGCUAA